AUGCUGCUGGUGACCUUGGGGCUCGUGAGCAUCAUCGCUCCGAAGCUCGCCGCUGGCUUCCUCUCAUUCAAGUGUGCGGAUCCUUAUGGAGAGAUGGACCUUGAUGUGAGGAGUGUCUUAGACAUGCAGCUCCACAACGACAUGGUCAUGGACAACCGCUGGUUGGUAGAUCCCGGGACUCCUCGCUGGAUGCCCGUCCUUUUCCAGGGCAACUUGCGCUCUCCUGGCAAGCGCGUGCUCUUCGGAGUCGGGGAGUUCCUCGAGGAAAGCGGUUCGGUCAUCCAGCACUAUGCCGCCGACUACUCCAGUCGGCCGGAGGCCUCGUGCAAGAGCUCCUGUCGCUUCAGCCUCUCCAGCACAUCCAAACUGCCGAAGGCACGGGUUCGCACAGUGCACAAGGAGGGUGGCUUGCAGCUGCAGUUUGAGUCUGAGAAGGGGGAGCUUCUGCUGACCUGCCCCAGUGCAAACCCAGAGAACAAUGAGCUCUGA